GAAGGCGAAGGUGAAGAGGGAGAGAAGGAGGAGCCUCCCGCCCUCGCCAGAAAAAAAAAAAAAUCACCUGGCCACUUAACCCCGAGACUCCGGUGCUGGGGCCCCCGUCGCUGGUGCCCGCGGGGCCGAGGGCCCUCUUCUCCCCGCUGCCCCUUCCCGCCCUCCGGCCCCCCGGGGGCUGCCUGGGUGCCGGGACUGGCAUGAUCAGUUGAAAACUUUGCAAGGCUCGGCUCUUCCCUCUGCUCUCCCUUCUGCGGGGGGCUCCGAGGCGAGGGGGGCCAGCUCAGAGUCCCCGGGGCUCGGGACGAACGGACGGAAAGACAGCCGGCCGGCCGCGCCCAGGCUCGCCCCGCAGGGCCCCUGCCUUCCCCGCCCCCGCCCGCCCGCCCAGCCGGGACCAUGUCCAAACCUUCAGACCACAUCAAGCGGCCCAUGAACGCCUUCAUGGUGUGGUCCCGGGGCCAGAGGCGCAAGAUGGCCCAGGAGAACCCCAAGAUGCACAACUCGGAGAUCAGCAAGCGCCUGGGCGCCGAGUGGAAGCUCCUGUCCGAGGCCGAGAAGCGGCCUUACAUCGACGAGGCCAAGCGGCUGCGCGCCCAGCACAUGAAGGAGCACCCGGACUACAAGUACCGGCCUCGGCGGAAGCCCAAGAACCUGCUCAAGAAGGACAGGUAUGUCUUCCCCCUGCCCUACCUGGGCGACACGGACCCCCUCAAGGCGGCCGGCCUGCCCGUGGGGGCUUCCGACGGCCUCCUGAGCUCGCCCGAGAAAGCCCGGGCCUUCUUGCCGCCGGCCUCGGCGCCCUACUCCCUGCUGGACCCCGCGCAGUUUAGCUCCGGCGCCAUCCAGAAGAUGGGCGAAGUGCCCCACACCUUGGCCACCGGCGCUCUGCCCUACGCGUCCACCCUGGGCUAUCAGAACGGCGCCUUCGGCAGCCUGGGCUGCCCCAGCCAGCACACGCACACUCACCCGUCCCCCACCAACCCGGGCUACGUGGUGCCCUGUAACUGUACUGCCUGGUCCGCCUCUACCCUGCAGCCCCCUGUCGCCUACAUCCUCUUCCCGGGCAUGACCAAGACUGGCAUAGACCCUUAUUCGUCAGCCCACGCUACGGCCAUGUAACCCUCCCCCAGCUUGGCCCGGACCUGAUGGGUGGCUGGCUGGCUGGCUGGCUGGCAGGCUGGCGUGGAAGCACAGAUCUGAAAUCUCUUUCCCUCGCACCUAGUCUGGCCCGCAGACGGCUCUGGGUCAGGCCUGCCCGCUGCCCCCUUGCCCACCCCAGACUCUGCGCCUCUCUCUCUCUCUCUCUUCCGGGGGAGGGGGAAGGGAGGAGCCGUCCUCCUGGACCCAAGGCACAGACCCCGUGCCGGAAAUUUCCAAACAUUGAGACAGCUGCACACCUGCCCCUCUCCCGACUCUCCCAAAGCAAGUCUCCGACUGUACCCCCUUCGGACAAAACAAAAAAAAAAUCUGGCAGUUUUGCUUUAUUUAUGCCCCUCCCGACCCCCUAUUCUCCUCGGAUAGGCUUUGGACUCGGAACUCCCAGAUCCGGUAUUAUAUCUAGAAUACGCGUAUAUAUAUAUAUAUUUAUAUAUUUUUUCCUUUCCCAUUGAAGAAAAGAGCUGGGUCUCGGUGCCAUCAGACUCAGCUAGGCACCAUUUGCUCUUCCUGUGGGACGGGGGAAGAAAGGCUUAAAAGUUUAAAACUUCAGGAAGGGAAACCCUUCUGUUUAAUACUAUACUCUGGUCGUGUUUGCUCUGAUAAAAAACGAAAAGGACCACAUGGCUUCACUUUGUGUAACGCAGUCCUCCUAGACUCCUAAGUUUACUUUUUAGACAGAAUGUCAGGUUAUGAAGUCAGGAAGUAGAGAGUGGACAAAAAAAAAAACCUUAAUAAUAAUAAAAAUCCUACAUGGUCAUAAAUGUUUUGACAAUGUCUUGGAAA